AUGCAGACUUCUCUAGUUCAGUCACUUCAUGCAGAAGUAGAUGAUAAUUUUAAUCGAUUAAAUGGAUUUCAUCGAAAUAUUAUUGAAGCAAAAAAUAAAUAUAUUCAAAUUAUUCAAAAACAAAAAUCUCUUUCAAAUCGUCUUCUUCAAGUACUUGUUAUGCAAGCAAACAAUCAACGACAUGGACAAAUUGUGGAUGAAAAGGAAGAACAAUUACAGUCACGUCUUGAGAGAAUGAAUUUUUUGUUAAAUGGACCAGAAAAGUUAAAGGAGCAAGUAACAACAAUUUUUGAAACAAUACGAAGAGAUAGUUCAAAAUUGGAACAAUCAGCAAAAGAAAAUGUUCAAACUGGCCUAAAUAUUUCCCAAAAAGAAAUGGCCGAGGUACGCCGUUGUCUUUUUACACGUCAGCAAUUAGUGGAAAAUUUGGUUUCGAUUGUUAAACAAAGUGUGGAUGUUCUUAAAGUUGUAGAGGAAGCAAAGAGUGGAAGUUUAAAAUCUAUUUAA